AUGGAAAGUGUGUAUUUAAAUAUAUAUAUAACAAGUAGCUUUAUUGAAGAAACUACAGUACUAAAGAGGGACAUUAUUGCAGUCAUUCAAAAGUUCAAUAUCCAAGUUAGCAAUUUGACUCAAGAUGUCCUUGGAAAGUCUAGUUCAACUGUUUAUGCCAUUGCAUUGUUAGCCUCUGGACAGAGCUCUGCAAUAACUGGUACAUACGCUGGGCAAUACAUCAUGCAGGGUUUUCUAAACAUGAAGAUGAAAAAAUGGUUGAGGAAUCUCAUGACUCUAUCAAUCGCAAUCACUCCAAGUCUCAUCGUGUCCAUCAUCAGUGGUUCCUCAGGAGCCGGAUGGCUCAUCAUAAUCUCAUCGGUACUAUUGAUAUUCCUUCUCCAAAUUUCAUAAUCUUAGUAUUCAGAAGCAAUAUAAGUG